GAUUCGACCAGCUCCAGGUUAUUCCCAUUCAGAAGCAUUGCUAUGAAAUAUGGACGACAAUCUGGAACAGCCAGAUGCCGCUAUUAUUCCCACUGCAGAGAAGAGAGCGGGAGAGGACGACGGGCAGUCUUCCGGGGACGAGGACGAAGGUCCUGACUGGACGAAACUUCCAACUGUGGCUCGUCCAGUGAUCCCAAAACGAGGCGAGAAAGACUUCGAGCCGAAGACAAGUGGAGGAUCCGGUCUGCAAAGACAUACACUGGACCGGGCGCGUUUUGCUAUGCUGGACGCCCUAAAAGCUACUCGAAUGACAUCCAGUAAAUCAAUUAGCUAUGCCGUCUGGCAUCCAGAGAUUGCUCGGGCGCAUAUAACUGUUGCUCGAGGCAUUCACUUCACGAACAUGGGCCAUUCGGUAGCAAGAUCCACAGAUGAUUAUGGAGGCGACAUGAAGCUCACCAAACGACUGGAAUUACUUCCCGAAGAGGCCUUAUAUUUGGUCGAAAGGGGCAGCAUGUUCUGCUGGAACGAUAACGUGCUCACGUCUGAUCUCGAAGAUAUGGAAGGCGUACCAAUGACAGUACAGCAAGCAUUUGUAGAGAUGAUUGGAAAGGAAGACUUGACUUUAGAGAAGUAUCAGGUUUACGCCUACCUAAAGCGUUUAGGGUACGUUGUCACGCGAACAAGACCUCCUUCCGACGCGUAUCCUGCGGCGGCGCCAUUCGAUCACCCAAAAGCGAAAACAGACACGUUCUUAACUCGAUGUUUUACCGCUUUGAUAUCGCCCGUGACUCGAUUUCUGAGCUCGUUCAAAGCCAAGUUCGAUUGGUGGAGGCCGAUCUGGUUCAGUCGCUGGCUCCAUCAUAACCUCAGUUAUCCAUCUAUCUACAAGUCGCUACGUUUUUUGACCUCGGGCCAUCACGCUCCGCUGCAUGUCAAACGACCUACCAACCCUUCGCCUUACCAGAUUUUCUACAAUCUUUACAAACCCUCUACACCGUUCAAGAAAACUGCCCCGCCGUCACCAGACUUCUCAGUCGUCGUUGUCAAGUGAGUGAUCCGUUGCAGC